AUGGCCCCCACAGCCACUCAGGAGCCCGUUCCUGUACCCGUCACCUCCAAGGCGGCGCCCAGUCAUGGCUAUGUGCAUCCUACUGACAUCCUGCCGUCCGGCUGGCCUACGGCCACCGACCUGUCCGGUGGUGCUCAGCCUCGUCGCUUUGAAGGCACCAUCUUCGACGUGAUGACGCGCGGUACCAUCCCCAAGGAGCUCCACGGCACAUUCUACCGCAUCAUGCCCGACUACGCGCAGCCUCCCACCUACUACAAGGGCGGCGAGCUCAAUGCACCCAUCGACGGUGACGGUACCGUAGCCGCCUUCCGCUUCAAGGAUGGCAAGGUCGACUACAGGCAGCGAUUCGUCGAGACGGAUCGCUUCAAGGUCGAGCGUAGGGCGAGGAAGAGCAUGUACGGUCUCUACCGCAACCCCUACACGCAUCACCCUUGCGUCCGACAGACCGUCGAAUCCACUGCCAACACCAAUGUCGUCAUGCACGCCGGACGAUUCCUCGCCAUGAAGGAGAACGGCAACGCUUACGAGAUGGACCCUCACACCCUCAAGACGCUCGGCUACAACCCGUUCAACCUCCCCUCCAAGACCAUGACCGCCCAUCCCAAGCAGUGCUCCGUCACGGGAAACCUGGUCGGCUUUGGUUACGAAGCCAAGGGUCUGGCCACCAAGGAUGUCUACUACUUUGAGGUGGACCCUUCUGGCAAGGUGGUCAGGGACCUGUGGCUCGAGGCGCCCUGGUGUGCCUUCAUCCACGAUUGUGCGCUCACGCCCAACUACCUCGUGCUCAUGCUCUGGCCCUUCGAGGCCGACCUGGAGAGGAUGAAGGCAGGCGGCCACCACUGGGCGUACGACUACACCAAGCCCAUCACCUGGAUCACCAUCCCUCGUGGUGCCAAGAGCAAGGACGAGGUCAAGUACUGGCACUGGAAGAACGGCAUGCCCAUCCACACCGCCUCGGGCUUCGAGGACGAGCAGGGCCGCAUCAUCAUCGACUCGUCACUCGUACACGGCAACGCCUUCCCCUUCUUCCCGCCCGACUCGGACGAGCAGAAGAAGAAGCAAGAGGCCGACGGCACGCCCAAGGCGCAGUUUGUGCGCUGGACCAUCGACCCGCGCAAGGACAACAACGAGCAGCUGCCGGACCCCGAGGUGAUCCUCGACACUCCCUCCGAGUUCCCGCAGAUCGACAACAGGUUCAUGGGUGUCGAGUACUCGAGCGCCUUCAUCAACGUCUUCGUUCCUGACCGCAGCGACGGCAACAAGAACGUUUUCCAGGGCCUCAACGGCCUGGCCCACUACAAGCGCAAGGAGGGCACCACCGAGUGGUACUAUGCAGGCGACAACUGCCUGAUCCAGGAGCCGGUAUUCAGCCCUCGAUCCAAGGAUGCACCCGAAGGCGAUGGCUUUGUCCUCGCCAUCGUUGACAGGCUUGACCUGAACCGUAGCGAGGUGGUCGUCAUCGACACGCGCGACUUCACCAAGGCCGUGGCGGCAGUGCAGCUGCCCUUCGCCAUCAGGUCUGGCAUUCAUGGCCAGUGGAUCCCCGGUGAGGUCACACCCGAUUUCGAGACCAAGGGUCUCGUUGACUUGCCCAGGGAGGAGCACUGGGCGCCCGCUUCGCAGAGCCCGUACGACCCCAACGCUUGA